GCGGCAGGGUCCGGGUGGUCCCCGGGCCAGGGACAUCCUCCGGGUCACGCUUGCAGAGACAGAGAGUAGAAGUCCCCGAGGGCGGUGGCCCAUGCGCUCUGGACACUCGAAUUCUCUCUAGGGGGAGAACGUGUGUGGCCCUGGCGGGAGCUCCGCCGAGCAAGCGGUGGCUGCGGCCGGCGAGCGCGCUCCCGGCGGUGCUGUGUGUGUGUGUGUGUGUGUGUGUGUGUGUGUGUGACAAGCGUCAGGUGACUCGGGUCACGCAGUCACUCCCUCGCGCUCCCGGGGAGAACUGCCGCGCUCCGGCUGGCUCCUCGGGCAGCAGCGGCAGAGAGGGGGCUGGGCUCCGCUGCCACCCCCUUGCUCACCAGGCGCGGCCCCAGGGCGCUGCGGGCUACUCGGCCCACGCGGGACCUCGGAGGCAAGCGUGGGCGUGAUGAGCCAGGUGCUGGGCAAGCCGCAGCCGCAGGGUGAGGACGGCGGCGACGACGAGGAGGAGGAUGAGCUGGUGGGGCUGGCGGGCUACGAGGAUGGGCCCGAGUCCUCGGACGCCGAGCUGGACAGCGGGCCGGAGGAAGGAGUUCUGGACUUCAGCGACCCCUUCAGCACGGAGGUGAAACCCAGGAUCCUGCUCAUGGGUCUCAGGAGGAGCGGCAAGUCNUCCAUCCAGAAAGUCGUCUUUCACAAAAUGUCCCCGAGCGAGACGCUGUUCCUGGAGAGCACCAACAGGAUCUACCGGGAAGAUGUCUCCAACAGCUCCUUCGUGAACUUCCAGAUCUGGGACUUCCCGGGGCAGAUUGACUUUUUUGACCCUACCUUUGANUAUGAGAUGAUCUUCCGGGGAACCGGAGCACUGAUCUUCGUCAUCGACUCCCAGGAUGACUAUAUGGAAGCACUGGCCCGGCUCCAUCUCACAGUGACCAGGGCCUACAAGGUGAACACUGAUAUCAACUUCGAGGUGUUUAUUCAUAAAGUAGAUGGUCUGUCAGAUGAUCACAAAAUUGAAACCCAAAGAGACAUUCACCAGAGGGCAAACGAUGACCUCGCUGAUGCUGGCUUAGAAAAAAUUCACCUGAGCUUUUACCUGACCAGCAUAUAUGACCAUUCAAUAUUUGAAGCCUUUAGUAAAGUGGUUCAGAAACUGAUCCCACAGCUCCCGACGCUGGAGAANCUGCUGAACAUCUUUAUCUCAAAUUCUGGAAUUGAGAAAGCGUUUCUGUUUGACGUGGUCAGUAAGAUUUAUAUCGCAACCGACAGCACGCCAGUGGACAUGCAGACAUAUGAGCUCUGCUGCGACAUGAUUGACGUGGUGAUCGACAUCUCCUGUAUUUAUGGUCUCAAAGAAGAUGGAGAAGGAGCCCCGUAUGACAAGGACUCGACAGCCAUUAUAAAGCUGAAUAACACAACAGUCCUCUAUUUAAAAGAGGUCACAAAGUUCUUGGCGCUCGUUUGCUUCGUCAGAGAGGAGAGCUUUGAAAGAAAAGGGCUGAUUGACUAUAAUUUCCACUGUUUCCGGAAGGCCAUCCAUGAAGUCUUUGAGGUGAGGAUGAAGAUGGUGAAAUCUCGAAAGGCCCAGAGUCGGCUUCCCAAGAAGACAGGAGCUACUCCNAAUGGGACCCCUAGAGUGCUGCUGUAGAGGAACCGUUGGGAGCCUGUU